AAGAUGGUAGCACUCAGAAUAAAACACCUCGUUCAAGAACGAGGGCGGUAACGGCUCAAACGAUGUCCUCAAGAUCUACAAUGAAUACCUCUCAGCUUUCAGGUGGGAAACGUAAGAGUACUAUUCCAAUUGCGUCACGGAAGAAGCAACCAAAAGUUUCCGAAGAAUC